GGUGUGGAGCAGCCAAUCAGCCUGCGCGUCAACAUCGCAGCCCGGAAGAAGGAAGCUGAAUCCGAAAAGAGCGCCUUGAUUAAAAGUGGAGACGUUACCUGAAGUGAUCUCCUCGAUACUUUGACCAUGAGUUUCUCCCCUUGUCCAUCCGGUCCACUUGGGUGUAGCAGUAUCCAGGAGCAGAGGGAACGCUGGGAGAGAAAACGCAGCCGAACAGCAAGAGAGUUGGUGCAGACGGAACAACGUUACUGCCAACAGCUGGAGCUAGUCACCACUUACUUUGUGGAGAUCUUGAAGGCCAAAGCAACCCUGAGGCAGGACAUUAGAGAAAGCAUCUUCAGUUCAAUUAAAGCCAUUCAUUCAGUAAACCAAUCUCUUCUGGUCCAUUUAGAGAAUGGAUACUUCGGCCGAGGCUUUGACCAGUUCUGUCCACAUCUGCACCACUACAACAUGUAUGUGGACAACAUCUACAAUGCCAGCAAAGUGCUCAGGAUCCAGCUGAAGAAAAACAAGGCCUUCAGACGUUUUAAGAAACUCCAGGAAGCCCGAUCAGAGUUCAACAACCAUAAGCUUGAGGACUUACUUCAUCUUCCCAUCCAGCGGAUUGAUCAGUAUAAGCACUAUCUACAAGACAUGACUGCCAACACAACUCCAGACAACCCGGAGUUCCAACAGCUUUCAAGAGCAGUGGCUGCAGUGUGUGAGGUGUCCCAGCGUAUCCAGAACAAUACCCGGCGCCAUGAGAACCACCUGCAGCUUUGUCGGGUGCAGAAACUUCUGAAAGGGCGAAAGACAAAGGUGUUGGCUGCAGAGAGGUGGUACAUCCGUGAGGGUUGGCUGAAGAUGGUUCCUCCUAAAGGUGCAGAAGCCAAACCCAAGAUGUUCUUCCUGUUCUCUGACAUGCUGCUGCAGACCAAGCGAUGCAGCCCACUACAUCCCACCAAUGGAGACAAGUUCACAGGCCAGUUCACCUACCCCUUGCAGGACUGCACUGUGGAGAAGGUGUUUGGCCACACCAGGAGCCAAGGAGGCCUGCUCAGUCUGACUUUCCCCAAAGCCAAACUCCUGCUGAUGUCCAGCAACCAGGAGGAUCUCAAUGACUGGUACCAAAGCCUGAGCUCAGCUGUCAGGAAGCUGCAGUCUAAGCAGACAGUUGUCCAUCAAAGAGACGAGUUGAGCCGGAGACCUCUCCGCUCAGCCGCCAACAGCCACAACGCACCAAGCAGCAGCAGCAGCAGUAACAACAAUCCCAGCAGGAAGAGGAACAUGGAGAACACUGAGCCAAGUGAGCAUGCUCAGAUGCCUGCAGUCGAGUGGGAGAGCAGUGCCCCCAAAAGGAUGAAGCAGUCUGGUGCUUCAGGGCAGAGUUCAGAAGAGUCCAUGUCCAGCUGUGUCAUCCUCUGAUGGAUUUCUCCACACUCUCUGAAAGGAAGUCAGUUUGAGACGACGGUGGAUCCUGCAUGGUGUGUCUGAGUUUCAUUCAUAUUGACUUUUGUGUUCCAGUUAAUUUUGACAAACAGGACACACAUGUGACUGUACCACUGUGUUGUUAUCUUCUUUUUUUAUUUUUUAACUAACAUGUGUUAACUAACAGCAGCUCCAGCUUCUGCUCAUCCUGUCUAAUAUAAACUAUCCUGAUGUGCUGCUUUAAAGACCAAAUAUCUGCUGAAUGUUAAAUGUGAGCAUUUUGUUCCUGCUGGUCUCCAGCUGAGAUUAAUAUAUUUACACCAAUACUGCAACAAUAAUAUAUUCACUGCAUACUGUUAACUGUAUCACCGGUGGACCAGUGUAGGUGGGUACAUCCCAUUAAAAACCUAUUUUAGAAAAAGGAAAGGUAAUGGGGGAGCAAUAACACAGUUCAGGCCUCAUAUUUGUAAAGCUGUUUACUUUCAAAGUAUCCUGUAACAUAAGAGGAACUUUCAAAUCUCUGAUUCUAUUCAAUCACUCACUGGGAGAAACAGAAAGCUGUGGUGACAGUGUUUUUAAAUUGUAUGCAAUCAAACAGUCAUGUACAUCAUGUGGAAUUUUUCCGUAAUUACCAGGCUCAGUUUUGUGAUAAUCUGUGUAACAUCUAAGCACUAAUUAUGACUGAAUAUUGUGUUUUUGCAACUUGAUGCUAGAAAUGUGUGAAAAGAUACAAACAUGGAUACAUCAAACUCCACCAUUCAAGCUAACGAAACCUUUGAGCAUUAAAGUUCAUUUUUGACCUUGUAAAUAGUUAUUUGACAAAAUAAUCUUAACACACAGGUCCAUUUACUAGCUUUUUCAGAAGCGUUCAACCUCAUGUUUGCAUUUGAGCAGAGUCAGCUGCUGAGAGUACAACACCCCUGCACCUGCUAAUGAAAUAAUGUUCCUGUCGCUAUGGAGGGAACCAACCAAGUUGUUUGGGUCUUUUUAAUGGGAUUUGUUUAUAAUAAGAGAAAUAUAUAAUAUCUCUAGAUUUAUGCUUUAAAUUGAUUAUCAUCACACUUUUGAUUACUAACUCUGCCAACAGCAGCACACUGCACACAGCACUUUUCACUGUACACGCCUUAUUACUAACACUGCCAACUGCCAUCAUAAUUAUGUUUUAAUUUUCUGUUGCUCAGCAAGUUACAUUACACUCCUUCAAACAGCUUUACUGCCUCACACAAUCAUGAUAUUCAGUUUAAAGUCAAAAUUCUUGGAAUGUCUGAUUUUAUUGUUGAUUUAUUGCCAGAUAUAGUGACUACUAGUUUUUGUAUGUGAGACAUAUUAUGGUGAAUUAUGUUUUAUGUUGCAUCAUAAUUGAAUAUGUGCAUUUAAGCAUCUGCACUGUAUUCUACAAAUGUCUGUGUUUAUGUAGAUUUCUAUAAAAUACCUGCAUCCAGGCAAGAAAACCUGGUUAACAGAUAUGACUUUCUAUACACUGACUGUCUACGUUUUUAUUAUCAUAUCUUUUAUCCUUUAUUAUCCUUUAUCGACAAAUCAUGCUACUCUUCUGUAUAAUGCUCACCAUAUUUUAUUGACACUAUUUUGCAUUUUUAAGCUUGCGAUGUGUUUUAUAAAUUAUAUUUCAGUUUUACUACUAAGAUGCUUAAGCUGUUACCCUGGUUACAAAUCAUAUCCAGAGAUGGAAAUAAUGAAUUUUAAAAUAAAACUCUGAAAGAAGUUA